AAUGUAGCUUCGUUCUGGAUUCAAUUCGAAAAUAGUUAUAAACGACGGUGAAAACGCUGGAGCAGACACUGGUCUCAGCGCUUUUUAGUCAGCAGGAUUGAAUGUUGACAAUGCUCAUAUUAUUGACAUUUCUGAUUUAUUUCAGUGGGACACUUGCAUUGGAUAAAGCAUGUCCGUUAAAGCCUAUGGACCUAAUCUUCGUCCUUGAUGGCUCUGACAGUGAAGGUCAGGAAAACUUCAACAAACAAUUAGCCUUCGUUGCGAACUACACUCACCAAUUCGAAAUCGGACAGAACAAAACUCGCGUUUCCGUAGUGACUUUUUCGUCAGAGGUGAAAAAUGAGUUUUACUUGGACAGAUACUAUGACAACAGCAGCCUCACCCAUGCAAUCGAGCAAACGCAUUAUCUAGGACAAUCGACAUUCACCCAUUUAGCACUCGACCAUGUUCGCCAACAAAGUUUAUCUCCAAACCAUGGCGCUGAAAGGGAUGUUUCAAAAUUAGUUUGUGUUCUAACGGAUGGAAUGUCCAUAGAUCAUUCCGCAACAAUAACGGCGGCAAUUCAGUUGAAGAAACAUCCAAACGUUACCGUGGUUGCAAUUGGCAUUGGAAUCCAUGUUGAUUACAAUGAGCUCCUUGCUAUCGCUAGUGAUGCCAACCACACAUUCCGGGUCGCAAACUUCGACGCUUUAAGUUCAAUCAAAGCAGAACUCACUAAGAAAACUUGUAGCGUUAUAGUCGAUGGUUCUUGGUCGCCGUGGUCACCAUGGUCACAGUGUGACGUCACGUGCGCACACGGUCACAUACAUCGGACACGCACUUGCACUAAUCCAUCUCCCGCCCUCGGGGGUCAGAACUGCUUUGGAUCGAACCAGGAAAAUAGAGUUUGCAAUCUUGCAAAAUGUCCAGGAGUUUGGACUCCAUGGUUCAAUGACCAGUGUUCUGUGACCUGUGGAAACGGGACCCUGACACGUGUACGUCACUGCUCCACUGGCCACAGCGAGGAUUGUGUGGGAAACAGCAGCGAAAUAGUUCACUGUCAAGAAAUGACUUGUAAAGGAGUUUGGUCCCCAUGGUUCAAUGAUCAGUGUUCUGUGACAUGUGGAAACGGGACCAUGACACGUGUACGUCGCUGCUCCACUGGCCACGUAGAGGAUUGUGUGGGAAACAGCAGCGAAAUAGUUCACUGUCAGGACAUGCCUUGCAAAGUGGAUGGGUCCUGGUCAUCUUGGUCACCAUGGUCACACUGUGACGUCACAUGUGCACAUGGUCACAUACAUCGGACACGCACAUGUACGAAUCCAGCUCCCGCCCUCGGGGGUCAGAACUGCUCUGGAGUCAGCCAUGAAACCAGCACGUGCACGCUUGCACAAUGUCCAAGUUGGAGUAAGUGGUUCCUUGGCGACUGCUCAGUGACCUGCGGUAACGGGACCUUGUCAAGGAUGAGGAUGUGUUCUUCCGGGCAUGACGAGGACUGCCCUGGGUCUGCCAUCGACACCGUGCCAUGCUCUAAACUUCCAUGUUGACGCAAUUACACUUAUGAAAUUCAAAAUGUCUGAAUAAUAUCAAGAUAUUAAAUUUUUUCAUAUGCAAAAUGUAGGUAAGAACAA